UGGUCGCAGGAUUAGUCAUUUCCCCACCUCGUCAAACUACACCAAUCUGAAGAGGCUCUUUUGGGGUUGAUGGCAGGGAGUAAAAAUAGUAACGAACGCUAUUUAUAAGACACAGGAACAGGCACAGGAGGGAAGCAGCAGCCUUUAUCAGUAGAUCUGACUGAUAACUUUCUUAUCCGGUUUUAAUUUUUGACAAGUCGCUAGAUGAGAUGAAUUGCCUGAGCAGGAAGCCCAGGUCAUAUCUGCUGAACUCCUACAGUGAUUUUCAGGAGACUGAUGAGAUUGCCAGAGAAUCAUAUGAGGCCACCUGGUUAGACCUGCUGAUGGAGACAAGACCAGAAUACAAGAUGACACUGGCUGAAAAGGACUCGAUGAGAAAGGAGAGCUAUGAAAGCAAGCAGGUGGUUCAUUUCACAGUCAGACGCUUCCUAAACCAAACUAUUCAAAUGGGGAGAGAUGGGGAGCCACUGCAGGAAUAUUGUCUACCUUACAGAAACAUACUGCCAAUACCAAUAUUUGUUCCCAGAGAUGUCACACAGCCUGACAUUACCCGGGAGCCCUCUCCCUCCAGAACAAAAUCCACCAUGGACUCUGAGACUAGUGUGAAUGGAGUUUGCCUUAAUAAGAGAGAGGUCUCGUCCAUCACCGAACAUAAGCCAAUGGUAAUCCAACCCAGGAGCCCAGACUUCAGAGCGUCCAGCCUCAUCUCUCCACCACGAGACACACUCAGCUACCAGCGAAGAGAAUGAUGAGCUGAUGAAAGUUGUCUGCCAUCAUUGACACGGAUACAAUGACAAGUAUAGUGGGUGACCUCACUCAUACUUAAAUACCAAAGCCUUCAAGAGACCUACGUGCUCAUAAUUUGUUUUCAGCUGAGACUAGCAGGGAAAUCUUAUCAAAGGAAAAUGCUGUGCUUCAAGUAUUUAUUUACAAUAAAUGCCAAUUGGUGUGUUAACACAAUAACAUUAUUCAUUUUCUAAAUGUGGCUAAAGUGUACAAAUCGUUGCAAAACAAAAUAUACUUCGUAAUGGUCUUAAACCUGAAUAUUCUUAAAUACAUUUCAUUUUUUAUUUUAAUCUAUACUUGUUUAUAAAGGAGCUGUUGAUCUAUUUCUCAGUAGGUUUACAAUGAACUGGGAAAGACAUCUCUGCUGGGCAAUCAUCAUCAUCUGUUCAAAACAGCUAGUUCUUGGAAAUAACUGUUUAAAUAAACCCUUUCUUGACUGUAAAUCUCAUUUAUAUGCAUUUAUGAAAUCAUGGCAAACAAUAAAAAAAAAAAA